GUUUGCCUAUUAUGCCCCGGUCUCGAGGCAGAACGAAACUACCGACACCGACGCAUACUUUGAACGCCACAGCAACGGUUUUCACCCCAGAUGAGAUGAUACAUGAGCAUCAAUUAUGCUACGUACUCUCCUCACGCCGUUGAAGGCUCAUUUCGACUUUUCACCACCAAACCCUGGACACGAUAGAGAGGUUUCGCCGGAGGAUUUUGCACGCGAUGUGUUGAUUGAACUCAUGCGGAAUGCGGUGGAGAACCUCAAGACGAGUGCAGGGACGCGAGAGAAAACAGAGAUUUUGACUGAAAUACAAAAAAUCAUGCUGCAAGAUGCGUGUACAAAGUCCGUAUUUCGUGAGUUGGACGGAUUCGUUGUCCUCAUGAAUGUCCUGUCGACGAUUCAGUCAUGCAACGAUGGCCCCGUUCGCGAACCCGAUGAGCAAGUCUUGCUCGAGGUCCUGGAAUCUGUUCGGAUGGUCUUCAUGAUAGUUUCUGACGCCAUCAAUGACCACCCAGAAAACGCCGAAUACUUCAAACUCUCAGUUGGUUACGAUUCACUAGCUUUGGCUCUGGCAGAUCUGGUAGCCGAUUGUAGAACGGUCGACGUAACCUUAGGGUUUCUUCUUUCCAUGUCGCUCAACGAUUUCUCCGUCUCUGGAAUUUUUACCAGCCUCCGAGGCACUCCGAUCGAGGAACUUGACCAAAAAAUCAAGGAAUUUGAAUCUCGUCUUGGCAUCAUCAGGCUGCCAGGUGCUAUUCGCCUGCUCUGGGACUUUAGGCCGCAACUUGGUGCAGAUGACUCGGCUAUGCACUACGCGUUCUUCAAGCUAUUUGAUCGCCUCUGCGCAGCAUGCCAUCGUAAUCAAGCGACACUGAGUAGUAUUGGUAUCGUCAGGUCGGUGAUGGAGUACUACAAUGAUGCUAGGACCCGGGGGGAUGGGGAGCGACAAGUUGUUCAAAAGCUACUGCGUCGUCUACUGGAUCUAGGAGCAGCGACGCCAGAAGCAAGGAUAUUGUUCCAAAGAACGAUCAUUCCUGGAGAGCAAAGCCUCGAUCCAGAGACGCUCGAGAUUGUGAGAUCGGCUAUGAAGUCCAGGUGGCCGGAACACUUUUCUUUGGAGUCACCUGCGGAAUUUGCCAUGGUUCAUGACGGCGUUAGAGGUGUACCAGCUACAGGGUUCACUUUUACGGUUUGUUAUAGAUAUGGUUCUGGAUUGAAACUCUUCCGAAAACUGACUCCUCACCCUAUUUUUAUUAUCCGAACGGGAUCCACAAAUAUCGUUGCUCUUGGCCUCAACCCGGACGGAAAACUCGAGUUACACACGUCUGGACACAAGUCAGUCGCUAUUCUCGACAAGUCGAGUAUCCAUACCGCUCGGUGGACCCAUCUUACGUUGGUUCAUUAUCCUCAAAAGGCCUCACAGCCCAGUAUCCGACUGUUCAUUGACGGUAUCCUUGUCGAAACGCUGACCUGGGCUUACCCCAGACCUGACCUUUCGGCGCACAGCAUGGACUACGUUAUAGGGAGCAACGACGUCGAGGCUCAGAUGAGUUGGUGCAUCGCGACUGCCUAUCUGAUCGCGCGCCCGUUAGGUGACGAUCUACCCCGUUUAAUCUACCACCUCGGGCCUCGGUAUCAGGGGAAUUUCCAGGAUCCUGCGCUAGUCAAGUUCCUAACAUACGAAGCGUCGACGUCUUUGAAUAUGUUCAUAUCCACAGCUGCGUCAAAGGUAUCUUCGGCGGGAUCGUUACCUUUAGUCAAGGCAGUCAGAGAGGGACUAGGAAUCAGCAGUUCUUCAAUCAUUUUCUCCUUGUCUACUUCCAAUAUUGCAGAGUCAGGCAUUGUUCGCAGUGUAACAACGAACGGUAGCGCUAUUAAGGACGUUACUCUCAAAGGUGACAUAACUGUCGUAAAAGCCGCCUGUCUGGAUAUGUCGCUCUGGAAAAUUGGCGGGGCUGCCGUACCCCUUCAUCUAUUGCGAGUAGCUAAGACACCCCAUGAAAUUUCACGGGCGUUAGGCAUCUUGAUGGAUGGCCUAAGAAAUAGUUGGCAAAACUCUGAGGACAUGGAACGUUUGCGUGGAUACGACAUAUUAACUGAUAUCCUGCGACAAUCCACCAUAGUGAAUGCCGUUGCAUACAAAGUCAUUGCGUUGGACUUUGAGUUUUGGUCUCGUACUCGCAAGGAAGUCCAGCGAGUGUAUCUUGAGCAUUUCAUCACUCUCUUGCAGACCAGCCGAUAUAAGACAUUCAAUAUUAAGCAGCGCAUGGCCAAGCUCGGUUUGAUCAGACGUCUUUUGUUCGUCCUUCAGACGAAAUGGUAUCAGCACGAUAUCAUUCCGCAUCUCAUAGAAGUUCUGAAAACUGCCGCCCAAGCCAACUUUUCUAAAGAAGAGACCAUCAAGCCCAUGGUAUCAUACAUCGCGGCAAGGCUCAAUGAAGCCACGUUCAUGGCUGACUCACCUCGCUCUAUGAUCUCCCGAAUUGAUUACAAAGACACUCGCCAGAAAGCGGAACAAGUUCUGGAAUUGUUGGUUUCGCUUCUGUUAGUCCCGACGUUCUACAACAAACUCAUAACUGCACUGCCGGUAACCCGAAUAUGUCUCCUUCUCCUCGGCGACAAACCGCAACCGUUUGUAGCCAAUCAGGUUUUGCUGAUCAUCGGCAUAAGCGUAAAAAUGUCGGCUUCUUUCACCAGGAAGUUUGAACUAGUCAGUGGUUGGAGUAUCCUAAAAACUGUGCUGCCGACAUGCUGGGAUCCAAGUGUGAACGAAGCUGCCUUUGAUAUACUGCUUGGACGCACCGGCACCACGAAGAUCGACGCGGAGGGGCACAAUGCCGUGAUUUGUCCGCAAAUGGUUCCGGCAAUAUUCGCGGCCUUACAUACCGGCUUGGGUACAGUUGGUAACAACUGCUCCAUUUUUGAGGAGGAUGAAACGCCGAACGAUUUUUCAUGGGCCACUGAAUCGACGAUGGAAGUACUCGUGGAAGAGCUCAUUGAUCUUCAUGCGUCAAGUGCUACUUUCCGGCAAGUGUUUCGAUCUCAACAGACAACCCAAUUAUUUGUCGAAGCCUAUAAGUCAUUUGUCGCCCAAGUCUCUGCUGUACCUAGCGUCAACCAGCGCACAUCCCGCAUCCUAGAAAAGAUGUCACACUUUGGACUGACUUUGGCACUAGACGGCGCCGUCGCUGGUGUUCAGAAACGCGAAAUAUUAGACAUUCUUCAAAAUGCUGAGACUGUCGUGAAUCCAUCCGCCAAGCUGCAACCAACCAUUAGUCCUGAACUUGUUGCUGACACGCGGUCUUUUCGCCAGAGAAUAGCAUCUGCAAGAUUGACCGCCCAUGUCAGUGAACGUACCGUCACCAAACUCAUUGCGAGGAUGCUAGAGUGGCGAAAGACCAUUCGAAUAUCUGAACAGAAGCGACUUCGGAAAAAUAUGCUAGAUCUACGGGAACAUCGGAGACAAAUCUCUCGGCUAUACGAAUGGACCAAUGCUCUAUCGUCAGAGCGAGGCCUAUAUCCCAAAGCCGAACCAAGCCUUUGGAGGUUGGAUGAGACAGAGGGGCCUCACAGGGUUCGGAACAAGCUGGAGCCUGAGAUUAGCCAGCCAGGAACGAGAAUCGAUGUUGAUUUCGAGCAUAUUCGUGACGUUGAAGUUCCACAAUCAGAAACAAGCUCUAUCGUUCAAGUGGAAGUGCCUCCAUGGGCUGAAACCUAUGAAAUAUCAUCUACAGAUGUGGAAGAGCGUCAACUCGCGGAAGAAAUCGCGGAAGAUAAGCAUCGUCGUGUUCGGCAUGAAUUGGAACCUGGAGAUGUCAUUGAAGCAGUGGCAACAGUCGCGCGUGUGUCAGGAGUGGAUUCCUCACCUGGUCUGCUCAUCAUUGGUCGUACUCAUCUAUACAUGUUAGAUGGCCUGGUUGAGAACGAAGAAGGAGAAGUGAUUGACGCUUGUGAUGCGCCUAAGCGACUUCUUUUUGUUCCUGGGAGCAUCUUGGAGCUUGACGGACCCCAGCGGGCUCAGAGAUGGCCUCAUGAUCAAGUCGGAACGUACAGUAAUAAGAACUUUCUUUUUCGUGAUGUAGCUUUAGAGAUUUAUUUCAAGGACAGUCGCUCCCUACUAAUAGUCUUCUUGGACAAGAAAAGGCGUCUUGACAUCGAUCAACGGCUAUCGACCAUGAUCAAUAAUUCUAGUAAUGUACCUACUACGCCAGGCCUUUUAAUCACCCCUCUACUUGGAAAUAUCGGGGCAAGAGUUCUAGCUGGAUUUCGGCCUGACGAGCUUGCUAUCGCGCAACGGAAGUGGCAAACUAGAGAGAUUAGUAACUUCACUUACAUCAGUAUCUUAAAUCAGAUAUCAGGGCGUACACCAAGCGACGCUACGCAGUAUCCCGUGUUUCCUUGGGUGUUGCAAGAUUACUCGUCGCCGACUCUGGACCUCAACGAUCCCGAGUCCUACCGAGAUCUAACCAACCCCAUGGGAGCGCUGACAGACGCUCGACGAGAGGCAGCUAUCACUCGUUACGAGAGUUUGGAGAGCGUCAAUGAAAAGCCUUUCCAUUAUGGCACUCAUUUCAGUUCUUCAAUGAUUGUUUGCCAUUUUCUCAUUCGGUUAGCCCCGUACACGAACAUGUUUAAGACAUUGCAAGGCGGCGAUUGGGACUUGCCGGACCGAUUGUUCAGUGAUGUUGCGCGGGCCUAUGACUCAGCUGCUAGAGACGUGCGUGGAGAUGUAAGAGAACUCAUCCCAGAGUUCUACACAUGCCCAGAAUUUCUAGAGAACUCUCGCAACAUCGACUUUGGUGUCCAGCAAAAUACAGGGGAAAGAAUUCAUGAUGUCAAAUUACCUCCUUGGGCAAGGCAGGAUCCUCUCUUGUUCGUGGUCAUGAAUCGCAAGGCGCUAGAAAGUUCCUAUGUUAGCGAACACCUUGCAUCUUGGAUCGAUCUUAUCUGGGGCUGUAAGCAACGAGACUCGCAAGCCUUGAAUUGUUUCCAUCCAUUGUCAUAUGAAGGUUCUAUUGUUGGUAUCAUUCACAACUGUACGUCAGCUAUCACUUCAAUUGGCCAAACACCGCGUAAACUUUUCAACGCUCCUCAUCCACAACGGUAUGGUCACGCCUCUCAUACGCUUCCAUUGGGAACGUUGCAUGGAAUAGAGGAAGAUCCGCACCUGUUACUCCAAGGAAGCCGAUGUUUCAAAGAUCUGGGCCCGGCUGUCCCUGUUCGAGAGUUGAUAUUCGACAUGAUCGGAGAAAAGAUUAUACCAUGUCCUGAUGGUGUUCUGUGUAUACCCCAUCGUCCACACGAACAAAUAGAAUGGGGCGCCAGCUGGGUUGGCGGAGGAGAGUUACGUCUGCUUGUGGAUAACAAGGUGGUCCAAGUGAUUGAAGGCUCGUUUUGCAACUGCGCAUCAUUCGCUGAUAGCGAUUAUAUCGUGAUUUGCGUAGCUACUUCACGUUCGCGUUCCCUUAUCGUGAGCGGCUCUCAAGAUGGAAGUGCAGCUCUUUGGGAUCUGAAUCGCGGUACAUAUGUUCGUUCUAUAUGGCACAGCACCUCCGAUCAGGAACUAAAUCCCGUUCGCCUUGUGUCAAUCAACGAGAGCACAGGAUACGUAGCAACCUGUUCCAAAACCAAACUAUGCCUCCAUACCAUCAACGCACGGUGUAUAGCAGUAUUGGACUUGACGCUCGGCUCAACAUCGAUAACCUCCAUGGCCUUCCACGAGCGUGAAUACUCAUAUCUAGGUAUUUUGGCGACGGGAGGCUCGGACGGUUCGAUUGUGUUACGCACAUGGACCGCAGACGGCACCCCGGAGAAUGAGCGAGCUCAGUGGGAGUUUGUCACUAUCAGAAGUAUGAAGAUCAGAGCCGUUGAUAAGGGCGUCGUUCGCCCUCCAGCCGUGACAGCAUUGAAGUUUUUAGGAGAGAACCUAUGCCACGGAGAGGAGACUGGAAAGUCGUUUAUGUGGAGUUUGCCUGAUUGAAAUAUAGUUGUAUAGAAGUGAUCCCUAUUAUGUAUCAUGACUCGCAUGUAGUUAUAUGUAGAUACCUGUAUCGUACUAGUUCCCCAAUCGUUUCGUUGUCAGUAUGACUGCCACCUGGCCAGGAGUACAGAAGAUGACAUUGGCAGUGUGAUAACCUUAAAGUCUUUCUAUAGAGUUGGUAGCCUGGUACCCCUAGCCUCUGACAAAGAUAUACUCAGAAU